GGGUGAAGAAAUUCAAGGGGGCGACAAUGGCGGAGUGAUGGAUGAAGGGACGUUGUCGCCUAAGAACAGGGUGAAGUUCCUGUGCAGCCAUGGCGGGAGGAUCCUCCCUAGGCCCACCGACGGUCAACUCAAGUACAUGGGUGGUGAGACACGUGUCAUCGCCAUCCCUCGUGACAUCACUUUCUCAGAGCUAAUGAAGAAGUUAACUCCACAGUUUGAUAAGGAAAUGGUCCUCAAGUACCAAGUAAUCCCUGAGGAUCUUGAUGCUCUUGUGUCCGUCAGAUCUGAGGAGGACCUAAAGCACAUGCUCGAUGAAUACGACCGCCAUGAAAGCCAAGGAACUCCAAGGCUCCGAGCCUUCUUGUUCCCGUCCAUCAACCCGAUCAUAGUCGAGAACCAAGCAGCCGCAGCCUUCAUCGAACCACCCCAUGCACUAGAUCAGCAGCGCUAUAUUGAUGCCAUCAAUGGCAUAACUCGUACAACUUCCGGUCGUUCUAAGCUCACUUUCAAUGUCUCAUCCGCCUAUUCUUCUCCCCACUGCUCUUCCCCAAAAGCCCAAAAUGUUGAUAAUUCUAUGACCAAUGACACCAACUUUAUUAAUGGUCGAGUUCCGAUGCAUAAAGUCCGGAGCUCUCCUAGCCUCCGCAGCCUCAACAACUUCCAACACCACGGCAACGGCGUCGGAAAUGGCAAUGGAAACCACCUCUUUUACCAGUACCACCAAAGCCGUCAACAACACCAUUUCCAUGGCUACCAUUCUAGACCACCAUUGGAUCCUCACAAAGGUGUUGACAUGGGGAGGAGCUUAAUGGGUUAUGGCGGCGGCAUAAACCAUUAUCAGCCAUCGAGUAGGCAGCACAGAGAGAGUGGAUCGGCCGGCUGUGGGUAUUGCAAUGAGUGCGGGGUGUCUGUUUGUGGCAGUGGCGGGGUUGAUAGAUCAGGAACUGGAAGUCUUCCUCGGAGUCCAAGAAAGGCCACUUGGGAGUGA